AUGCUCGUGGACAUGCAGUCACUAAACGUGGCAUUUAAAAUCGAGGAAGAGGUACUAUUACGAGACGCCUGGGUGCUGUCGGUGCUACUCGCCUUCCAGGAUGGGGGCCACGUGAUCCCCACUGCAUCUGGUUGUAGAAACUACAAGAUAUGGCUGUCAACCGAUGUCAGUGGCGUUCUUGUUGUCAGUUUCUAUCCAGAUUGCCUGAGUGAAUGUCUGGAGGUGUAUGCACCUCAGAAUGAUUGUACUCGUGUUGCCGCCGUUUUCGGUUGUGCAACGGGUACUUCCAUUGAAGAGUGUGUCCAGCACCAGCAGCUGCGUUGCUUGGGAAAUGUGUUGCGUAUGCCGAACCAUCGUUUGCCGAAAAGAGUGCUGUUUUCCAUGCCUAAUUCAGAGUGGUGUAAACAGAGAGGUGGCCAACCCUUGACUUGGCAGAGGAGUAUGAAGAAGAUUACGAAACGCCUGGGUGCUGUCGGUGCUACUCACCUUCCAGGAUGGGGAUCACGUGAUCCUCACUGCGCCUAG